AUGUUCCUCACUUAUCAGUUUGCCUCCAUCUGGGCUAUGUUGGCUUCCAUCGUGACCUUCCUUGUCUUGCGUCACAACGACCCCGUAGACCUGAGCGAAUACAAGGAGAAGGCGCACGGCAUUCCGCCGGUGGCUUGCUGCUCGGCAAUUGCCAUCCCCCUCAUUGUUCUCUUCGUCUACAAUGCGGCGUUGAGGAUGGGACCUAAGGCGUCGUGCAAAGGCACUAAAAAGUAA